AUGGCCCAGAACGAGAAGAGCGCGCAAGGCGGGUGGACAAACAGCCUUAUCCGGUUCUUCCCCUGCGGAUUUUUUUGGAAAGCGAAUUGCUGCGCCUGCUAUAUCUAUGCCGACAAUGCCCAGCUCCUCCGUGACCCAACCGUUCCUACCGAAAAGCACAGCCGGGACUGCGUCGAGUUUGGUCGCGCAUUCUGUAUUGGUACAUACGUGAGCUCUCUCAAAGAACAGCGCCAACAAAUUCGCGAGCGCUACGGUAUCCCGGGGACAUCCAAGAAUGAUUUUUGGGUAUCGUGCUGUUUCCCGGGGUGUGUCCUGAUGCAGCACGAGGACGAACUCAAGGCACGUCUGGGUGCGGGCGUUGGCGGGGCUGCGGUGGUGAGCGAGGGGUAUCAGCCGACGGGUGCGAUGCAGGUGCAGCAGCAGCCGCAGCAACAGUAA